AAAUACGGGCUAAGCCUGCCGCUGCGUGCGCGCCCACAACCCCGCGUCCUCCCCGCCAAUCACACCGCACGAACCGCGAGCGAGCGCGGCAGCGUCACCGCGACGUCGCCUCGUGGUAGUAGUUUAGCUCACUUCUACACCGCACCGCCGUUUCUUUUAUAGCCCGCGCGGAUGCGCCUGCCUCGAGGCAGCUGGUGGUGACAUCGGAUUCUGGAUCAGGACAAGAACUGCUCCAGCUAGCUGACCCGCCGCCCGCCGUCUCGUCUCCGUUCAGUUCUUCCGGAUCGAUCGCGUCGCGCCAUGGACGGCGAGUGGAGCGACGGGGCGGCGGCGUCGUCGCCGACGGUGUCCGGCGGCGAGGGCAAGGCUGGGCCGCGUGGUGUUCCGGCUGAGGAUUCCCCGGGGUCGCCGGUGUCGCCAGCAGCAGCGCCGUCGACGGCCGCGCCAGCUGCUAGCAGGAGGCGGCGGUCGGCGAACAAGCGGGUGGUGACCCUGCCGCUGGCCGACGUUAGCGGCCCGCGGCCCAAGGGCGUUGGCGAGGGCAACACGCCGACGGACUCGUGGGCGUGGCGGAAGUACGGCCAAAAGCCCAUCAAGGGCUCGCCUUUCCCGAGGGCUUACUACAGGUGCAGCAGCAACAAGGGGUGCCCGGCGAGGAAGCAGGUGGAGCGAGACCGGGCCAAGCCGGACACAGUGAUCGUCACCUACUCCUUCGAGCACAACCACUCCGACGCGGUGCCGAGGGCCCAGCAGAACCGCCAGCAGGCCCCGAAGCCCAAGCCGCAGCCGGCCCCGCCGGAGCCGUCGGAGUCUCCGUCAUCCGGCAGCCACGACGUCGCAGCAACGGCCUGCGCCGGCGCGCUUGUGACGACCGAGGGCGGCGCGGCGGCCGUCGAGGUGCACGACGACUUCCGGUGGCUCUACGACGGCGUGUCCGUGACCUCGUCGACGUCGCCCUCCGACGUCGACGUGGCGGAAGAGAUGCUGUACGGGACGAUGUUCUUCGGCGCCACGGUCGGCGCGCCGCUCCCCGACGAGUUCGGCGACGUCGGCGGGUUGUUCGACGGAGAAGGAGGAGGCGAGGAGGACGCGAUGUUCGCGGGGCUCGGCGAGUUGCCCGAGUGCGCCAUGGUGUUCCGGCGGCACGCUGGCGACGGGCUGCCCAUGGCGGGCGGGGAGAAGGUCGAGCAGCCGGCGGAGAGCACAGCCAUGUCGUGAUGCGCGGCCCGGCCUGACACGCGGGGCCGGCCGGACUCCAACUCCAAUAAAAAAACAGAUAAACUUCGUGUAGAGCUCCUCCUCUUGAUCCAUCUACUCUUUGGCUUCUUUCUCUCUUCCCUUUUGUCACUUAGUUUCUCUUGCAUCCUUCUUUGAUUGGUUCUCGUACACAUACACAAUAGCAGCACAUAGAAAAAUUCGAGCCAUUUGCAAUUGCA